ACGUUACCUGUAAACGGAUCACAUAAACAGAGGAGAAACACGUUCAUGUGAAACAAAAAUACACACACAUCAAUGAACAGGAUAUGUAAUGUUGUCGAAGGUGAAGGCGGUGCACCUGCUAGGAACACUUCUGGCUAUCAUUAGUCUGUCACAGGUGUGUCACACCAUCAUCACACAGGCAGAUGCGAAGGCUUUGAAACAUCACAUGUUAGACACGCUCGCCUUCAUUCACCCAUCUAACAAAACCAACUUUGUAAAGUUCUGUCUGCACCGGCACUUCUGCUCUCACAAGUCGUUCGCUCCAAGACCAGGAUAUUUCCACUGGCGAGAUGGUACUUCAAAAGCAGAACAGGAAGGCUUUUGGCAAACAUACACAUGCGUACUUAAAUCGGAUAUAAAGCUAUGUCCAAUUGACGGCCAAUGGAGUCUGUGGGUGGAGUGGUCAGCUUGUUCAGCCGCCUGUCAGGGGGUGGGGAACAGGACGAGGACCAGACAGUGCAAUAACCCCCUCCCAGCUAAUCAUGGCCUCGGGUGUUUUGGCAGAUCUGUCGAUAUAGAAGUCUGUAGCGGUAAAUGCAACAACUCUGCUUUGGCGAACGGGCUGAAGGAGGCUGAGGAACACCUGGAGGAAGUCCACAAGGCCAUGCCACAACUCCGUAUAGAGUGUCUGAUCGGUCACUGCACCUACAACACCCUCAAGAAGUUCCUCAAACCCUUCAUGCGAGACAAAUAUUGGUCUCACCUGAUCUGCUAUAAAUAUAAGAGGGCGUGUCCAGUGGACGGAGGCUGGUCAGCGUGGGGGGCGUGGUCAGAGUGUACAGUGGCAUGUGGCAACGGCUACCUGUACAGACAGCGGGCUUGUACCUCCCCAAGUCCCGUUAAUGGAGGUCAAACCUGUCCUGGGCAGGCCUACCAGAAGAAAUCGUGUGUCGCGAAGAAAUGUAGUCAUAUAACAGGGCGUGAGAAGGCUGUGUUUUCCGAGUGGUCCAAGUUCAGCCCGUGCUCCGUAUCCUGUGGGACAUACGGUAGUCAAGUAACUCGAAGGUCGUGUCUUCUCAAGGGAAAGUGUCUUGUCCGGGGAGAAACAGUGGCAAACCUCAUCAUCAGCAAGCCGUGUUUUCAGGGGGCCUGUCCUAGAAAAGGCGGCUGGUCAGAUUGGUCAGAAUGGACUGACUGUUCCGCCGUAUGCGGGGAAGGCAGGAAGACACGACUACGCAUGUGCGCUGACCCCUAUCCUUCCGGUGGGGAAGGUUGUCUGGGCCCAGAGGUUGAAACGAGUGACUGCAAUCGUUCACAGCCUGCUAGCCAAAACAAGACCACGCCAGUAACUAAAGCCGCCUGCAGCAGCAACAGUUCCCAAGAGAAGGGGGGCAAUUGUGACGCCAGCCUGGGGUGACCCGUACUACGAGCCGUAUGACAGGUCCAGAGAGACUCUGUACAAGAAGUGGGGAGAAUGGUCCCCCUGCUCCAGAUCCUGUGGUGGGG